AUGGACAAGAUCGCCCACUUUGUGCAGAAAUCAAACUGCAACGCCACGACUGUCGCCAUCUUUGGUGCCAUCGGUGCCAUCGUUGUCGCCGCGAAGGCCCUCAGCUUCCUCAAGGUCCUCGUCGAUGUUUUCCUCCGCUCCGGCAUCAACGUCAAGAAGUACGAUGCUGGCAACGGCGGUUGGGCUGUUAUCACUGGUGCUUCGGAUGGUAUUGGCAAGGAGUUUGCCUUCCAGUUGGCUUCCAAGAAGUUGAACAUUGUCCUCGUCUCGCGUACCGAGAGCAAGCUCAAGGCCCUCGCCGAGGAGUUGCAGCAAAAGUACAGCAUUGAGACCAAGGUGCACGCUAUGGACUUUACCAAGGGAGACGACAAGGACUACCAGGCCCUCCAGGCAUUGGUUGCCCCCAUCAACGUUACCAUCCUUGUCAACAACGUCGGAACCAACCAUGAGAUCCCCACCCCCUUCGAGCAGGAGACUGAUAAGAUUAUCAAGGAUAUCGUCGAGAUCAACAUCAACGCUGCCAUGAAGGUCACCAAGAUCAUUGUCCCCAACAUGGUUGCUCGUAAGAAGGGUCUGAUUAUCAACUUGGGCUCGUUUGCUGGAUUGGUCCCCACCCCUUACCUCUCUGUCUACUCUGGCUCCAAGGCUUUCCUCUCAAGCUGGUCUCAGGCCAUCGGCGCCGAGUUGGCCCCCAAGGGCAUCACCGUCCAGAACGUCAACACCUACUUUGUUGUCUCGGCCAUGUCUAAGAUCCGCCGCGCGACCAUGUUGAUCCCCAUGCCCAAGCCCUAUGUCCGCUCGGUCCUCGGCCAGAUCGGCAUCUCCGGCGGUGCUUCGACCCCUUUCACCUCGACCCCCUUCUACAGCCAGGCCAUUCUCAACUGGUUGAUCGAUAAUACCUUUGGACGCGCCUUCUGGGUCAAGCAGAACUAUAACAUUCAGGUCGACAUCCGUAAGCGUGCCCUCCGCAAGCGUGAGCGUGAGGCUGCCGCUGCCGCCAAGAGCCAGUAA